AUGGAUUUGUCUGAAACUUCUGCUCUUACUUAUGAAGAAACCGUAGAAAGACCAGUCUAUGGUUAUUUACUUCACAACGACGAGCAAAGGCUUGAAAUUUUGGAAAAGUGUCCUAAUAUAUCUGCGAAGGAACUUUCCAUAACCAUUACUAAUAGUUGGAAAAGUUUUUCUGAGGAAAAGAAAAAUGAAUAUGCCGAAAGAGCAAAAGAAUUGAAUUGGAAGUGUCUCAGCGAGUACGAAAAGAACGCGCAUCUUGAACACAUAAAAGAGUUAGCUAAUAAAUUGAAAGGGACCCGUCGUGAAAAUUCCGAGAUAAAUGAUCGCCAACACAAAAAAUCAAGGCACCUUUCAUAUUAUAGCGAAAGCGAUUAUGAUGAACAAGAUAGCGAUGAAGAAGUGUCAGAAAUAGAUGAUCGUAAUAUUUGUACACAAAAAUCAUAUAAAUAUGAUUUAUAUACUAAUUCUCCUUCUACAGCGUCAAACAACCUACCUAAAAAACUCUCAUCUGAACUUGCACAUCAUAUUAUUGAUAACACACCAAAAAUGUUGCAAUAUUAUCCUAAAACGGACCCCGAAAGCAUUAAAAAAGGGUUAUUCAAUGAUUGGAAUAACAUGUCUCCAGAACAACGGGAAAAAAUUGUUGAACAAGAUCAUGAAAGUUAUAUUCAGAGCAAUGAAAAUUCUGUUUCAAAUACUGAAUAUAAUAAUAGUUCAUCUGACUACGAUUUUUUGUUGAAUACUGAUGAUUCCGAAGUAGACGAAUCAAAUCAAUGUUAUCUUCAAGGAUUAAUGCACACAUACAAUAAUCAUAAAAAAUCGCAAUAUAUUGAAUCGACUCAUACUCCUUCAUAUUUCCAUAGCGAACCUUAUAAACAACCACCUAAAAAGGAUGAAAAGAGUAUUGAGAAUGAGGAAUUGACUCUAAUAUCUUCGAAUGAUACUCCACAACGUCAAAGUGAAGUUAUGUUCCAAAAGGAUCUUUCUGUUAGUGAAAAAAUAGUUCUGGAUACACAAUUGGAUACGCCAUCACCUCAAGAAAACAUACUAACCGAUCGACUAGAUAAGCAACAUAAUAAACCUCUUGAAACUCAAUUCUUUAUUACAUCUUACAGCAAGGAAAAUGAGAAUUUAUACGUUCAUGAAAAUAAAAAGGACAAUAAAUCAAAAUCAACCACACCGCUUCAACCACGUAAUAAUGUAAAUAUUGCAAACCAUAAUGAACCGAAUUCUUAUAAAUCUCGUAGCACGCAACAAUUUCAACAAGAAAUAUAUGGUCUCAAAGUACCUGUGCCUUGCAUAACUGCAUGUGAACACUACAGGAAGGCAGUCAAAUUUGAUGGAAAGAAUAAACAUGGUUCUCAAACUCGACAAACAGAACUAACCAAAAGUAUUAAUGAUAGAUGGAAACAAAUGAUUUUUUCUGAGAGGAAAAUAUGGGAAGAUAUAGCGAAAAAGGACAGAGAAAGAUAUGAAAAAGAGAGGGAGGAAUAUCUAACUUCCCAAUAUGAAUGUUUUCUUAGAUCUCAAGAAGGGAUUCCUUUAAACGAGUGGCUUUAA